GAAAUGACUGCCUGCGCAUCUCUCUAGGAUGAAGCUUGGGGGCUAAUUGAGCCUCGAAUCCCGGGGGCUUGACUUGGGCUUCCGCGGGCCGAGCUGAAUAUCUAUCGCGACGUCCCUCCCUCUCUCUUCUCUCUACCGUCACCGAAUUGCAUCCCGAGCCAGCUUCAUCUCCAAGCGGGCUGUCGAACAAUCAGAAAGGAGCACAAAGUGCUUUAGGCAACGCUCCCUACACAGCAAUCAAGAUGCCAAUCCGCAAAGGCUGGCUUCCCCGCGAAGGACUCACCUCUGACCCCAUCGGCACCUUCUUCAAGCGCACAGCACUAAAUCCCUUCUUCACACUCCUCUUCAUCGCCCUAGCGCGAUACACCAAGAAGGGCUCCGACCUCUCCAUUCUCCACCCCACCGCCUUCUCACGGCUCCGCACGCUCUUCAUCUUCGGCGUUAUCCGAUUGAUAAGUGGGUAUUUUGAUCAGAAGGUGCUCAACAAUUGGACGCAGGAUAAGUAUGACUGGGAGAAAGAGAUUGUGGUUAUUACUGGUGGCGCGGGGGGCAUUGGAGGACAGGUUGUGAAACUUAUGGCGGAGAGGGGCACGAAGGUGGUAGUGCUGGAUGUCAUCCCUAUGACUUUUGAAGCGCCGAAGAAUGUGUUUUAUUACAAGUGUGAUAUCACCUCCCCCGCCACUCUCGCAGCAGUCGCAAAGGAGAUCAGGAAAGAUGUGGGGGAGCCUACCGUCCUCAUCAACAAUGCCGGCGUUGCCCGCGGCAAGAACAUCCUCGACGCCACCGAGAAGGACGUCCGCUUCACCUUCGACGUCAACACACUGGCGCACUACUGGACCGCCAAGGAAUUCGUACCCGCCAUGGUCGCCGCGAACCACGGCAUGAUCGUCACCGUCGCCAGUUUCGCCGCCUACAUGACCGUCCCGAACAUGACCGACUACGGCGCCUCGAAAGCCGCCGCGCUCUCCUUCCACGAGGGCCUGACCGCCGAGCUGAAGACGCGGUACAACGCCCCGAAGGUCCGCACCAUUGUCAUCAAUCAGGGCUACACCAAGACCCCGCUCUUCGAUGGCUACCACAACGAUUCCCCGUUCCUCGUGCCUGCCCUGGAACCAGACACGGUCGCGGAGGCGAUCGUGGAGAAGGUGUGGAGGGGGAGGAGUGGACAGGUUAUCCUGCCGGGUUUUGGGGUCACGCUGGCGUUUUUGCGGGGCUUCCCGCAUUGGUAUCAAGUGGGCUUGCGAGCGAAAGGAGCGAAUAUGAUGACGAAGUGGAAGGGCAGGCAGGUGAUUGAUUUGGACAAGUGGAAGAGCAGUGGCGAGAAGGAGGGGAGUGAGAGCGCGUCGACGGUUCUGGUACCGCCUGCUGAGAAGUGA